UGAAUUGGCAGCACUUGCGAUUGCUUUUCUUACCAAUUUCAAUACAAGACUUGUUUAUCAAUUGAAGCAAUAAAGUUUAAUGGCAACACACCCUUCGAAGCAAUUUAUGAAAUGUCUGCAAUAUGCAGCUCACAAGCACAGUGAGCAGCGACGAAAGGAUCCGAAGUGUACUCCAUAUGUAAAUCACGUUAUUAACGUGAGUACCAUUUUGGCCGUAGAAGCCGGCGUACAAGAUGAAGCGGUGCUAAUGGCGGCUCUACUUCAUGAUGUGGUCGAGGAUACGGAUGCAACGUUUGCGGACGUAGAGGCUCUCUUCGGCAGUGAUGUGUGCAAUUUGGUGUGCCAGGUGACCGACGACAAGUCGCUAGAGAAGCAGGAGCGCAAGCGUUUGCAGAUUGUGAAUGCAGCCAAGUCGAGCAGCAGAGCCAAGCUCAUCAAGUUGGCCGAUAAGCUAGACAAUCUGAGAGACUUGCAGAUUAAUACGCCAUCCGGUUGGACAGAGGAACGACGUGAGCAGUACUUCGUGUGGGCCAAGAAGGUAGUGGACAACCUACGCGGUACCAAUUCUGCACUGGAGCAACAGCUGGAUGAUAUAUUUAGGCAACGAUGUCUGAUGUAAAUAAUAAUGCAACUGAUGAUUGUGCACCAAGAGGCAAACUGUUUAG